GGAAAGACUCAUCAGAUUCUGGGAAACUCACCUCUGAACAGGAGACGACACUCCACCCCAACACCAUGACCCACUGCUGCUCCCCUUGCUGCCAGCCUACCUACUGCAAGACCACCUGCUACAGGACCACCUGCUGCCAGCCCAGCUGCUGUGAGUCCAGGUGCUGCCAGCCUUGCUGCCAGCCCACCUGCUGCAGGACCACCUGCUGCCAGCCUAGCUGCUGUGAGUCCAGCUGCUGCCAGCCUUGCUGCCGCCCAACCUGCUGUCCAACCACCCGCUGCAGGACCACCUGCUGCAGGACCACCUGCUGGCAACCUACCUGUGAAACCACCUGCUGCAGCACACCCUCCUGCCAGCCCAGCUGCCAGCCCAGCUGCUGUGAGUCUAGCUGCUGCCAGUCUAGCUGCCACCCAACUUGCUGUCCAACCACCUGCUGCAAACCUACCUCUGUGACCACCUGCUGCAGCACACCCUGCUGCCAGCCCAGCUGCUGUGUGUCCAGCUGCUGCCAGCCUUGCUGCCGCCCCACUUGCUGCAGCACACCCUGCUGCCAGCCCAGCAGCUGUGCACCCGUGUACUGCACCAGGACCUGCUACCACCCCACCUCCGUCUGCCUGCCUGGUUGCCUAACCCAGAGCUGCGGAUCCAGCUGCUGCCAGCCUUCCUGCUGCUGAUCCUCUCCCCAAAGGACCAUCAUCGUCCCACAACAGUCUUCCAUCAACUGACUUAUCUGUUCAGGGACAAACUCCAAACUUAGCUCAAGACCACCAUGCUCUCACCAAAACUUCUGUUACUCCUCUGUAUGUUUGCAACCCUGUGAAUCAGCUUGAGCAACUGCAGACUACUUCAUCGUGAUUAU